GUGAAGACCACCUUGCUGCGUCUCGCGAGUCCGCCGGAUCGUGUAGUUUCGUCGCAGUUGAACAGGCUGAUCACAGGCUUCACAGAGUUCCGGCAGGAUUGGUCGCAUUUACCUCGCGGUUGGUUGACUUACCACUCCUUCAACUUCAUACAUGUUCAAGGAGGGGAAUUGACCAUCUGCUUGGAGAAGAAGACUGACAAGUUGGAAAUCAUGCUUGCGACGGGCCCAAGGGCCACCAACUUUAUGCAGGCAGAAACACAGGAUAUUCAGCUCUGGGGCACACCCCUAACCCUCACUGGUGCAUUUGACCGUGCCAUGGGCGCAGUGGGCUCCAGAAAGAGUACAGUGAACAGGUAUGUUGAGAAGCUGGAAGACAGCCCUACUGGACCGACAGCCACUACGGUGUCGAUCGCAUCAUUAGUGUCGUCUACAAAAGUAGACUUUGACACAAUGAUGUAUCUUUCUCGCUUCGGCUUUGGCCUGGGCAACUUUGAUCCCGUGAUGUCAUUGGAGGUGGAGCAGUACAUGGAGCGCCAGGGACAUCGAAAGUAUGAGGUACGCUGUGCGCUCCGUUUGCCAGAGUCAGCGACCCCGGUGACGGACAAAAAAGAACUCCAGGUGGAUGCACUCUUCGAUGUGCUGCCAUUGACCUGGAGCUGCUGGAAGCGGCUCUAUGAGCUGCGAGAGAACCUGUAUGAGCCGGUGAAGGAGUGUUUGGGCGCAAGCUAUGACAAACACUUCAAAAAUGCCCCUUUUGCGCUUCGCAUUGGCAUCAGUGGCACCUUGGAACGCUUGGAUCUUUGGGUGCAGCGGUUGGGUGAGUUGGUGAGCGAAAAAAUGCUCCCUGGCAGAUGUUUGGCGCUGAUUCUCAGGUUCUUGGAUGCUCCAGCACCUGAGGAGGCGGAGGAUGGCACCCUCAGACCCAAGGCCAACUUCGGUUCGGAAAAGUGUUUGACCCACGGCGACCGGGAGUUCCGGAUCCGUGAGUGGCGGAGUAACUGGCAGUUGGAGCUGAAGACCCGACUCCUCAAUCUGGGCGCUCAGCCACAGGUUUGGGAGCGGCACGUGGUGCUGUGCGAUGAUGCUGGGGAGAAGCUGCUGGCCAAGUGUCGCGAGGACGGCUAUCCAUACGUCACCUACAGCAAUAGCUCCCUGAAGGGGCAACCCAUCCACUUUCCCGUGACCGUGACGGUGGACGCCUGCGUUCUGGCAGAUCGCUGGGCUGAGCCUGCUGAGUGCGUGGACUUCUCGGCCCUCAUUCGGCCUCGAAACCCGGACAGGUGCUCAGCAAUGUCGCAUCGGCAAUGUGCAUCUGGCAUCACUGUGGCCAGGCUCUUUGAGUGGAUUGAUGGGCCGCUCGCAAGAGGCUGGCAGCCGUACUCCUUGAUGGGUUCAAACUGCCAGCAUUUUGCAGAGGAGCUGCAUGAUUUUCUCCUAAACCCGGGAAAGGUGGAAGACAACCUCCACAUUGAGGAUCUGCCAGAUUUUCUCCAUACAGUUGAAGUGCAAGUUGCGCACAAUCCAAAGGUCCUGCUGAAUUUGCCGCCUCAAGUGAGCAAGGAGCGCGCUAUUGCUCUCACUGCUGUCAGGGCGAAUGGUUUAGCCUUGGAAUUCCUCGAAGAACAGUUCCACCAGGACUGGCGCGUGGUCAUGGCAGCUGUUCAACAGGAUGGUUCUGCGCUGGAAUUUGCAUCGGAGGAGCUCAAGAAAGACCGAGAGGUGGUGCUUGCAGCGGUGGAGAACAAGGGGUCAGCUCUGAAACUGGCGCACAGCUCCCUCCAUCGUGACCGGCAGCUUCUUAUCGCUGCAGGUUGGCACGCUCCAGGUGUAUUCGUCUCCACCUGGAGUAGUGAAGCAGAUGGCUCCCCACAGGCCCGCAGCGCUCAAAGUGCCCCGGCGUCCAAGGGUGAGCCGACCACGCCCGCAAAUUUCUUUCCGCGGAGCCCCGUGAAUUCGUGA